AUGGAGAAAUUCGUUGGAAGCUGUAUCAAGGUAUUGGUCUUUGCUAACUUUUACCGUCUUCGUAAAAAGAGCAUCCAAAUUUGGGAAUCCUCUUACGCGAUGGUCACCCCAUGCACCGUGUUUUCGCCUCGGUUUCCGUUGGAGGGUUUCUCCAAGGCAAAGAGUACAAAUUUGCCAGCUGAACUCAAGAAUACUUUAACUUUGGAGCUGAUCCCUCCAUGA